AGUGCUGAGGGUGCUCCUGAAACUGAAACCACUACAUUGCCAGCUCAGUAAAAAUAAAAAACUGAGGCAGAUGAUGGAGCUUGUAUUUUGGGACUUUUUGGCAGAGAUUAUUAAUUUGCCCUCUCUGCUGAGGUUUUGAUGGAAUUAAUACAAAAGGAUAACUGGUGCCACUUGUGAGUUUUAAGUUGUGAGUUUUGUUUAAAUUCUAUUAAUCAUCUGUGAGAAAAAAAACAGAACACAUCUAUAGAAAAGGCUUAAAUCUGUGGGGCUUCUAAGAGAUUCCUGCCCAGAGAUCUUGGUAUGUUUUUUCCGAGUUUGGUUUAACUCCUCUUGUAGCACAGAAGUACAGUUAGACUACAAGAGAAAAGAUGAAUACUUGUGUCUUACCUGCUGUCAUCCAAGAGCUUCAGUUGAGGGGUGGUGGGUACAUCAUCCCAACAGAAAAAACACAAACAAAAAACAACAAAAAAACCCCUUCCAAUGAUAAAAAAAGUAACUUCCAAGGGAAAAGGGAAUGGAAAGCCCCUUAGGUAUGGAACAAUAAAGGAGUAUGAGAUUAAACCAGAUGCUUACCUGUUCCCCUAAGAAAGAAAAAAAAUCCACCUGCAAAUACCACGUUCCUAAGUUUCCAUGGCUGUAGUGCUGAGGACAGGGUGACUUUUAAUGGCAUGGAAAAACAUUCCUGUGUGGUUUGACAUUGUGUUCUGCUCACACAGUUGACUGCAUCCAGCUGAAAGUGCCAGUGAUUCAGCAGCUGUACCACUGGGACUGCGGGCUGGCCUGCUCCAGGAUGGUGCUUCAGUACCUGAAUCAUUUGGACAAUGAUGAAUUUCAGAAAGCCAUCCAGGAACUCCAGUUAACAAAGAGUAUCUGGACUAUUGACCUGGCCUACCUAAUGCGGCACUUCGGAGUUAGGCAUAAAUUUUGCACCCAGACACUUGGAGUGGACAAGGGCUACAAAAAUCAGUCAUUUUACAGGAAGCACUUUGACACAGAAGAGAAUCGAGUGAAUCAGCUCUUUGCACAAGCCAAAGACUGCAAGGUGCUGGUGGAGAAAUGCACAGUAACCGUUCAAGACAUCCAGAACCACCUGUCCCAGGGUCACGUAGCCAUUGUCCUUGUGAACGCGGUCCUGCUACUGUGUGAUCUUUGCUCAAGUCCUGUCAAAUACUGCUGCUUCCUUCCCAUUGGACAGAAGUGUUUCUGCAGGAGCCCUGACUACCAGGGCCAUUUCAUUGUGUUAUGUGGCUACAACAAAGCCUCAGGGAGUAUCUACUACAACAACCCUGCCUAUGCUGACCGAACAUGCUGCACCAGCAUCAGUAACUUUGAGGAAGCCAGGACAAGUUAUGGCACUGAUGAAGAUAUUCUGUUCAUCUACACAGACAGCUGACAUCCACAGAGCACACUCCUGCUCCUUCCUGCACAGCCUGCACGGCAGCUGGCUGCUCGUCUCAGGACUCCCCUGCACACACCUCACUCCUGAACUGCAGUGGAACCUUCAACAAGGGAGGCUUUAUAGACAUUCACAGGACUGUAGUUCAAUGCUGUCUUUACCUUUUUUUUUUGCUUUUUUUCUGAUGAUGUAUCUGAUUUUGCAAUGUCUGUCUCUGGUUUUUUUUGGUGGUUUUUUUCCCGUAAUUUUCAACAUUGCACAUUUGACAGCAGUUCUAAAAUACAGGCCCAGAGCCUGUUCACUUUCAGCUUAUUUUCAAAUUAAACACAUAAGAAAAAAGCACCAAAUUUAUGAACUUUAAUACCUGGUAAUAUUUGCAUAGGUUUAGGUAAACAAACAAACAAAAAGAAAAUAUUUGUUUCUAUCUCUGUCAAAGCAUCAAGGGCUGCUCUUCAUCCAAAAUCUAUGGAUUUGAAGUUCAGCAGAGUAUUAUAAAUGGAAAAAAUAUUAACUUAAAAUACUUUUAAAUAAUAAAAUAUGCCUGCUGGCUCAUCAGUAUUGUCUGCGAUGUAGGAAACUUCCCAUGUACCAGAUUCACAGACAUUUAGCAUUUAUGCAACUGCAAUAUUGGAAUUGCUCCCUUGCACUACAAACUCAAUCUCUUUUGGCUAAAUCCUCUUGGAUGACUGCUCAGAGCUCCAGAUUGCUCCAAAACUUUAAGUGGAAAGAUUUUAUUUGCACUUGGAAGUGCUUAUUGCUCUUUGCAAAAAAGCUCUGAAAUGUUAUGCCACCCACAUGUGCCAGUUUCUGCAGAAUCUGUUCUAAAUAUGAAUGUUCUAAAUAUUUAAACUUAUUAAGGAAAUGCAGAAAAUCAUCAUCCACACUAAUGGUAUAUAUUUUGUGUGUAAAGUGUAAAUAUCUGACAGCAUCUACUGCAUUGUGCCUAAAAUGCUGAAUCAUAAUUCAAGCCAAAUUUUGCUGUUGGUAUUAGUUUAGUGACCUUCUAAGAAGAGCUAAAAUCAAUUCAGAAAAGAGGAAAUAAAAGCAUACCUGCUACAAGUAAGAAGGCAGGAAUGUGGAUUUUUUAGCUCUUAUACUACAGCUGCAUUUGGAUUAAGCUGCUGCUGUGUUGAGACACUAAGUGAAAUGGCAGCCCAUUCAUAGACCUUUCCUCUGUUACCUGAGGAGCACUCUGAAGUGUAAGAAAAAGCCACUUGCUUCAGCUUCAUCUAUCCUAAUUUCCUGUCAGUCUCAAUCUUCAGUCCUGCCUAUAUGAAAGUGGGUAGGAAAAUCAGCACUGAUGUAGAAUAGGAAAAUUUGCACUUAAGACAGAGAUCCCACAUCUCUGGCAUGGUUUUAGGAAAAGAACUGUUCAAGUUCUGGAACUGUGUGGAAUCACAGUAAAAGGAUAUCGUUAUGGAUAACCAGUGGAUAUAAUAAAUAGGAAUUGACUGCCAGCAUAGAAGGUUUUUUUACCAAGAUAAACAUUUUCUGUUAUCAGUUAUCACUAACUGAAAACUAUACAGUGUUGACUAAGUACUUAGUAAAAUCAAGAGUGCUCCUUUGUACAAAGGCAGAAAAUAGUAACAGACACCUAAAAUGCAGUAGCCUUUAAAAAAUUCCGAACAAAAGUGCGUGACAUGAAAUUCUGUGUGUCAGAUUUUGCUUAUCAUUAGUGAAGUUUAAAUACAUUCUGGCACUGAUGAGGAGCAGGUAGGAUGUGAUUUGUGUAGAACCAGUACAUCAGUGCCACCAGCAGAAUCCUUCCAGAAGAAAGGUACAAAACCUGGUGUAGAUAAUGCCUUUCAACUCCUCCAAAGUAAGUAACCAGAAGACUCCUGAUCUGGGAAUUUUUGUGUCCAGGGCCAAAAUUGUGAUGUUUGAUGUAGAGAGAGUGUAUUAGCUCAGUUAAUAAUUAACAGGUAUGGAAGCUACAGGCUGUUAGAGUACUUCCUUAACCCAUGCAUUUUCAGGUAGGUAGUUCAUUCAAUACCAUUAAACUGCCAAAGGAUUUAUCUUAGAGCAGGCUUGAUUAGUUGAAUAAAAACAAUUCUUACAAAGGCUUAUAAUUGACAUUCAGCAUCUUACUGUUUCCGUUACCAAAAGUGAAGCCUGGGCAUAUAGAAAACAUGAACUUAAGGGCAAGCAUGGUGUUCUGAAGUGCACACACAGGUGUCACAAUAUUGACUGGUAAGUGUUUGGUACCCAGGGUUUAAAUGCUUCAACAAAAGUGAAAGAUAAACAAAGCUGUCUAAGCUAGUGCAGACAAAAGGAGAGGUCCACUAUUACAACAGGAUCUUGACAGCUGCUAAAAGGAAGAUAAGAGAUGAAAACACAAGGAAGAAGCAAAAGCCGAGUGAAAAGACUGAGUGUAUGACACAAAUUCAGCUGAAAAAGCAGCUCACUGCACAAGCAUCCAGACCAUCUGCAUUUUCUGAAACUUUGUUUCCUAUUACAGGAUUGUCUAUCAAAACACUCACUCUGAAAAUGUUCUGUUGCUUUGUUUUUGUCAGGAUGUCAAUAGCAAAGGAAGGGGAUUUUACAUGCAGGGAUUUUAUACAUAAAUAUAUUUUUAUUUGUAAUUAAGCCAUUCUCAAUAAAGGUUAAACUCACAAAUAA